UCUCCUCCUCUGGAGAGAUGGUGACGACGAUCAUCAGUGGCAGGGCCAGGCGAGGAGCGAGGAUGCAGCAAACUCUCCUCGCCUGGUUGGUUCAGGGGAUCAUGAUGAACUUACUCCUCUCUGCAGCUUCUGCCAGAUUGCUACUCCUGCAACAGCAUCAUCACCGGGAUCAAGCUCGUUUCAAAUCUUCCAGAGUCGUCAUUAAAGGCGAGGUUUUGCUUUCCCCUCACUCGUCUCGGCUUCUUAAAGAGAGAGUUGUUUCGGAUGGGCUGAAAGCAGCGGCAACAACUGCGGCAGAAGCACAAACGCAACGAGUCAGAACUCCGCUGCCGGAAAAGAUAUCUUCGAGAUUUUCUCAAAAACAGGAGAUCGAUUUCAAGAGCUACACGCUGCAUGACAAUCGCCACCACCACCAAAAGCCGAGAGAGAGCGAGGACUACACCUUUCAUGUAGACUACGCCGGACCCAAGCGACAUCCUCCCCACAGUCAUUGACCCGAUGUUCCAUUCUCAGCCACU